AUGCGGGGGAAUAGAACUAUACAUGACGCACAUCAAAAAUACGGCCCCAUUGUCCGAUUGGGCCCUUCAGAGAUAUCCAUAAACUGCGUAGACAAUGGCAUUCGAACCGUCUAUGCUGGUGGAUUUGAGAAACAUGACUGGUAUCCUCGUGUGUUUGGUGCUUAUGGGACCAUUAGCAUGUUUUCGAUGGUAGGAAGCAAAGCCCAUUCAACACGUAAACGGAUGAUGUCAAAUAUAUACUCUAAAUCCUAUCUGCAAGCGUCCCCUCAUAUAGCUACCAUAUCCCGAGAAGUCAUCCUCCGGCGACUGUUGCCCAUACUGCAGCAGAAUGCGAUGUCUCAGUCCGACGUUGAAGUCCAUGAGCUGAACAACGCAAUAACGAUGGACUUCGUUUGCGCUUAUAUCUUUGGCCUAAAAUCUGGCACAAAUUUCUUGGAGGAUGUUGCUGCUGCGAGGGAAUGGCUCCGGGUUUAUCAAUCACGCAAACCCUUUGAGUUUUACCAUCAGGAAGUUCCCAAUAUAACUGCUUUGGCCAAAAUUUUGAAGAUCCCCUUAAUUCCCAAAUGGUGCGACAAGGCAAACCGGGAAAUGGAAGCCUGGGGUUUGGUGAUGUGCGAUAAUGCAGAAAAGUUCCUUUCAUCGACGGACCCCGCCUGCGAACCGGUUGUAUACAAACAGAUAAAGCAAGCAAUGCUAAAAAAGCUUCCUGAGGCCGACCAUGAGGCGAUGAAGGGAAUAUUGGAACAGCAGCGCCUUGAGAUAGCCUGUGAGAUGUAUGACCAUCUCACCGCCGGCCAUGAAACCAGUGCAGUUGCCCUCACAUAUCUGUACUGGGAACUCUCAAGACACCCGGAAUUACAAACAGAACUUCGCCAGGAAUUGGAAACCCUUUCACCAAGGAUAUCAGCCCCCUUGGGUGCUGAGCCUCCCACUGAACUACCUCAUCCAAAAUCCAUCGAUGCAUUGCCGCUCUUGAAUGCCAUCGUUUUGGAGACACUACGGCUUCACUCUCCAAUACCAGGUGGACAACCUCGAAUAACACCAGCAACACCUACAUCGCUAGCAGGAUACCAUAAUAUCCCACCAAACAUUCGAGUAAACGCACAAGCAUAUUCGCUGCAUUUGAAUCCCGACGUUUUCCCUGCCCCAGCAUCAUUCGUCCCCCGCCGAUGGUUCAAAGCAGAAGAUUCGGCUGACCUGGAGGUUAUGGGGCGAUGGUUUUGGGCAUUCGGGAGUGGAGGACGAAUGUGUGUUGGUAGCAACUUGGCCCUCCAGGAAAUUAAACUCGUGGCGGCCAUAAUCUAUUCGAAUUUCACCACCAAAAUCGUUGACGACGAGGGAAUCGAGGCUAUCGAUGCGUACACCGUCCGACCAACUAGCAACAAGUUAGUUUUGAAGUUCGAAGCUGUACCACACUAG